AUGUGGCACAUCAACCCUCGUUUUGCCCUCGUCGGCCUUGCCGCUAUCAGCACGCUCACCACCACGGCCCUCGCAAAGCCCUAUCCUCCCAACGUCCAGCUUGAAGCCGUGCUGGAACUCCACAACGCAUCGCAACUGCAGCCGCGCCAAGGUGGCUGCGCGAGCGGGAUUGCUUGUGGCUACGAUGGCUGGCUCUGCUGUCCCUCGGGCUCCAAAUGCUACACCGACGCCAACAACCAGGCCCAAUGCGACACGUCUGGCGCUGGCACUGGCCAGAAUCCUGGCGCUGGGGCUGGCACUUGGGUCAUGCACACGACGACGUGGGUGCAGACUGUUGACCUCGUCACCCUCACUUCCGUCUACAGCACCUGGGUGCCCGCCACGGCCACGGCGACAUGCAAAGACAGCCAGUCCCCCUGCGGCGGCAAGUGCUGCGACUCGGGCUACUACUGCCUCACCAGCAGCAAUACUUGCGCCCUCAUCAACGGCGGAAGCAGUGGUGGAAUUGCCCCAACUGGUCCGUUGAACCCCUCCGCCCCCUUGCGUCCAACCAGCUCAGGAUUUGUCAUAGUCACCUACACGGGCACCCCGACCGCCACCCAGCCCUUUUCCUCGCCCAUUCCCACGGGCGCAGCCGGUGGCGGCCUCACCGAAACGGACGCCGGCGGUGGCCUCAGUGGCGGCGCCAUUGCUGGCAUCGUCAUUGGCGUCAUCCUCGGUAUCUUGCUGCUCUUCUUGCUCUGUCUCUUCUGCUGCGCCCGCGCCCUAUUCGACACCAUCCUCGCCAUCUUUGGCAUCGGAAGGAAGAGGAAGCACACGCACGAGGAAACCUACAUUGAAGAACAUCACCACUCUGGCGGUGCCGUCGGCGGCGGUCGCUGGUACGGCGGUCGUCCCGCCCGUCCUGCGCGAGUCGGCAGCGAAAAGCACGCCGGUGGCAAGAAGGGACUUAGUAUGGCGGCCAUGCUGGGUGGCUUGGCGCUCGCACUGGGUAUGAAGAGGAAGCAUGAUCAGAGGCACGAUGAUAAGAGUACGACGAUUACAGGCUCGAGUGCCUACUACAGUGACUACACCAGCUCCAGUUCCGCAAGCUCGUCAGAUCGGAGAACAAGACGGACACAACAUUCCUCGCGUCGAUGA